UCGCCGUAGGAAUUGGGGACUUUCUAUCCAUAUAAGGGCUUUUCGAUAUCAAUCAACUUUACAGGGGAAAAGGGAGAAGGUGGAGCUUAGGACCAAUGAACAAAGUUUUGGUGGUGGGGAGAAAAAAAAGCGAAAGGAAGUAGUUUACCGCAGGAGCCGAUCGGUUGGGUGUCAGUUCUAUCAUUACGAAAAUAACAGAACGCUGCGUUCAUUUUACUGCGGAGAAGAACAGGCGACAAAGGGGUGAGCCGCGAGACAACGAUGUCCAGCACGCAGUUUAACAAAGGCCCGGCCUACGGGCUAUCUGCAGAAGUCAAAAGCAAAAUCGCGCAGAAGUACGACCCGCGGCGUGAGGAGGAGCUGCGGCUCUGGAUCGAGGAGGUGACGGGCAGCGCCAUCGGGGACGACUUCCAGAAGGGCCUGAAGAACGGCUCCAUCCUCUGCGCGCUGAUCAACAAGCUUCAGCCCGGCUCGGUGAGGAAGGUCAGCCAAUCUUCCCAAAACUGGCACCAGCUGGAGAACCUGUCCAACUUCAUCAAAGCCAUCACCGCCUACGGCCUCAAGCCCCUUGACAUCUUCGAGGCCAACGACCUGUUCGAGAGCGGGAACAUGACCCAAGUGCAGACCACUCUCCUGGCCCUGGCUGGCAUGGCCAAGACCAAGGGCCUGCAGUCUGGGGUCGACUUCGGGGUGAAGUACGCGGACCGGCAGGAGCGCUCCUUCAACGAGGAGAAGAUGAAGGCGGGGCAGUGCGUCAUCGGGCUGCAGAUGGGCACUAAUAAGUGUGCCAGCCAGGCAGGUAUGAAUGCGUAUGGCACCAGGAGGCACCUGUACGACCCCAAAGCUCACAUCCUCCCCCCCAUGGACAACUCCACCAUCAGCCUGCAGAUGGGCACCAACAAGGGGGCAAGCCAGGCUGGCAUGACUGCGCCAGGCACCCGCCGUGCCAUCUAUGACCAGAAGCUGGGCACGGACAAGUGCGACAACAGCACCAUGUCCCUGCAGAUGGGCUACACCCAGGGAGCCAAUCAGAGCGGCCAGAACUUCGGCCUGGGUCGCCAGAUCUACAACUCCAAGUACUGCCCCAAGAGCGAGGAGGAUCCGGAGCGGAACGGGGCGGGGGCGGACGGCCACGCCCACGAGCAUUACCAGGACGAGGGCUACCAGGGUUACCAGGACGACGAGCAGCAGGCCUGCCCCGGGAACGGGCACCAGGAAUACCAAUAUGACGAGACCCCGGAAUACCACAGUGACCAGAACCCGGAAUGCCACGCAGAUGAGAACCUGGAAUACCACGACAACCUGAACCAGGAAUAUGAGGAGGUGGAGCCACAGGAGGAGCUGGAACAGGAAGAGGAACAGGAAGAAGAACAGGAACAGGAACAGGAACAGGAAGAGGGGCUGCAACAGGAACGGGAGCCGGAGCAGGAACCUGACGGGAACGCCGAAGAGGACAAGGACGAGUAGAGCCAGGGACGUCUCCCCCCCUUCCUGUUUCCAUCUGUAUUAUUGGCGGAGAGCCCCCAAAAGAAUGAUGACCAAAAAUAAAAUGAGCAAAAUCUCUUUCUCCGGCCCCCUCCACCUGAUUGGAAACUGUGUGACGGAAAUGUGCAUCUCGUCUGGAACGCUGCGUCGACAGAAACCAGCCAAUCAGAACAGCCCUCCCGCCCGGAACGUUCCGACGCCACCAGACCCUCAGAAACAUACCUCUCCUCACCAGACCCUCAGAAACAUACCUCUCCUCGAUGCUGGACCGACACGCUGCUCUUCUCAACGGUCUUUAAAAACAUUUUUAGGAAUUUAAUUUGACAGAAGUGACCAACUACACACAUAUCAGCUGCCAGUUAUUAUUCAGUUAUUUAUGCAUUGCACGCUAUUAUAAGCUUAUGCAUAUGUAAUCUUCGCCACAUAGCCUGUGCAGGUUUAUGAUUGUACUGUGUGACUUCCAAUAAUUCCAUAGUUUUCCUACAAGGCCCUUAGCCAUUCUUUCCCCGUUCUCCCUGUUUGGAAUGCCCAGCCAUCCUCCACACACACCCCAGUGCUCAUCGUGACCGCCGUUGUUGGGAGAGUGGGAGAAUGCGCUGGUCCUCCAAAGUAUGAGAUGAUCCUCUGGCUUCUCCUCAGGCUGCAGUUCACCCAUCAGCUGCUCAGACUGACCAGCAGGGGUCGCUGCUGCUGCAUGGCGAGGCGUCGACAUCCCAGCCGAAUGUAAUCCUCCCGUCCCUGGGUGGCGCUACAGCCAAACACGCGUCGCCCCAAAAGGCUGCCGACACCCCACACUGCAGCCCAUCUGUGUUCCCGAACAGGGCCUUAACAGAACCGCCCAUUAGCCUACGUAAUAUCACGUUACACUACAUUACAUUAAAUUACAUUGCACUGCAUUACAUUAAAUUACAGGCAUUUAGCAGACGCUCAUAUCCAGAGCGAUGUACAACAAAGUGCAAAUCAAACCCAGGAACAAGUACGUUCAGGACCCUAGAGGAGACUACAGUUGCAGGGAGCCCUUCUUAAACUCCACCUCGUGCCUGCGGAAUCCGCCAUUCCGUGUCCUUGUGCCGGGUCACACACGGCACGCCAUGCUGAGGGACUCAAUGAAUCACCUGAAGAUUCUGCACCUGCCUGAGGCCGAGAUCUUAACGGCUAAAGCACGCGCUCUCAAAACAGAUGUGUUAAAAACAACACACGUCCCUCGCAUGUCCAGUUUAGGAUGAACACAUUCCGUGUUGCUUUCACCGCAGUCUUGUGGUUAACAGAUCUCCCUUUUCUAACCCGUAGAUUCUGUAACUCAAGGGCAGUAGGUCUAAAACAAAAACCGUGUUCGAUAUUAACAUACAUCCAUUUCAGUGUGUGCGCGGAGGGGAGUGGGGUUUUCUGCCUCCCAUGAUGCUGAUUGAAGUUUACCCACAUUUGUAAUUACCCUUACGUUAUCUACGUUAGUGUUAUAUUUCUCCUCGUGCUUAUGGUCUGACUGGACCUCCUAUACUCCUAUACUCAGUAUACUGAACUGAAUUCAUCAUCAUUCCAACCAUGUACUCUCAGUGAAAACGCUUCCAACCAAGCUUCUGAGCUGCUUGAGAAACAUUGCUAAGUGCAGUUGGGAAUUGUUCUUCAUAUUUAUCACUUAUUUAAUUUAAAAGAUUACCAAUAGGUUCUGAUCUGUUGAAAUUCAUUAUUUUAGGUCAAAUCGCAGUUAAAGAACAUUGGUGCCAAAAAAUGCAUACCUUCAAUGGACAAGCACGCUCCCACAUAUUCUACAUUUGCUGAUUAUUUAACCAACCAAAAUAUCUUAAGAGAAUUUGUUUGUUGUGGGCACAUUUGCUGUGUUCGUAUAUUCCGAAACUUGCAUGGAAGGUUGCCGCGGUAACCACAGGCGUGGCGGUUGUCGACAUUGUUUUCCUUGGACCAGGGUAUCAGAAAAAACUGCGUUCCUCACUCAGAACUGGGAUCGGCUGAUUUCAUUUCGUCAAAAGUCGUCUGCACUGCACAUGGACUCAAUGGGGGCGAAACUCAACGCAGACGCACAAGGGCCUGGCAGACCUAAUAAUGUGAUCUUCAUCAUCAUCAUGUUUCAUUUGUUGACUCCGGCAUUAUAACUUACGCCACAAGCGCGUGCCGUUACCGGAAAUAAAUAUUUUUUUACUGUCGCUUCUUCACGCUAUCUGUAAAUGUAUUUCAGAUAAUUUUUUAACAAUGUCUUUUUUUCUUUCUUCCUGAAAUAAGAUAGCAAGCAUGCAUCGGUGUACACUGUAUACGCCUGGCCGUAAGGAGAGGUGCCUUAAGGUCCUUAAUAAAGCUCGUGAGCGUGUUCAGGAUGCAUA